AUGCUCUUCAAAGGGCUGGGCUUCGCCGUCUCCCUCGGCGCGCUUCCCUAUUUGGCUAACGCCAAGGAUGUGCCAGAGGUUUGCCAUAAGCCUCUCGCCAAUGCUCUCAUCUGCCAUGACAAUGGCGUGUACGAUUGCAUUAAGGAAGAACGCCUCUAUGUCUGUGGCGAGGGCUCCUGUUAUUUCUUCCAGUCUGGUCCCAAGUGCGCUCCUCCUGGCUUUGAUGCAUUUGAACCUGGAGCACUUGACGAUCUGGGCAAUACCACGAGCAGCGACACUGUGAAUGAUUAUCCCGGAUUUGAAGAAGCACGCGGUGCACGCACAAGGACCACAACAAGCGAGAGCACCUCUAGCGCUUCUUGCACAGCUGAUACUUCCACGGUCACUGUGAUAUCCUGGGUAUCAUGGAACAACAGUGUGUCUUCGAGCUCCUCUGCAGAUUCAUCUUCGGGCUCCGAUGCCAAGUUUUUGAGCUCGAGAGCGACCUCUGCUUCGACUGCUCCAAGCACACUUACGACACUCUUGACCGUCAAAACGAUGAUCGGCCCCAGCAAUUCUUCGGCAUCUUCCUCGGAGACUACUAGCUCGUCAUCUCUGAGUACUGCGGCUACCAAGAGAUCUGUCCUUGGAGACACUUCCGGCCCAGAAGACAGUGUCGAGCUAAAGAACGGUAUCGGUUAUGACUGCAUUAACAAGAAGAUGCUGGAGAAAUGCGACGGCGGCGAUUAUGACUGUCAAACAUUCAUGUCCGGUGCUCGCUGCGUCCCACUAUGGAUCGGCGGCGAAUAUGCACCCAUUAGGCCUACUUCGACCACUUCUGCUACCUCUGGAUCCGUUACCUCAACAGCACCAGCAGGCAGUAGCACCUACUCGCCUCAACGACUCUGCAAUGCUGCCAACGAGCCCGACGAUCCCACGCUCAAACUUUACACAGAUCCAGACGUCGAGACCGGAACUCCCCAAUCCAAAUAUGAUCAUGAUCGCUGGUAUCUGGCGCUCAGCAGAGGGGCCAGUUUCAACCCGGACGCGGUACCACAACUUGAGGAUCCGGGCAACUCACUACUAGACGAUAUCAAGCACAUUGGCAGUGAAGUCGUGGGGAUCGUCAAGGAUGUCGCAGACAACAUCACCAGUUCGGAGCUGUAA